AUCCUAUUCGCUGAACGACAUACCAGUGCUCGACAACGAACUAAUAGAUAGCAAUUCAGACAGUGUCGACAAUGUCUAUAACGAUUCAAUUAGCGACAGUUUGAUCGCCAACAUUAACAACAAUAGUAGUAAGUGUUCAAAAUUUAAGCGAACACUUAGCUAUCUAUCGGGUAAGUCGUUUAUCCGGCGCCGUAAGCUUAAGCUAAAGAAGCCGAUAAUGGGUCAAAACACGUCAACGACAUCGCCAGUAAUUGACAAUACUACUAGUACUGCCAAUACUGUCACCAAUACAGCUAUCAGUAAUGCUGGCAGUAGUGUUGGUGGUGGUAGUGGCAGUGGCUCCAGUGUUGUCACUGGAAAGUCGGACAAACCAAUGGAUACCAGUGCUACUACUAAUACCGAUGAAAUAGUAGUACAUUUGCGCGAUGAGCUCCGGGCUACUAAAUUGCAACUAUACGAACGGGAUCAGCAGCUGCUAAAAUUGCACCGGGAGAUACAUAAAAUGAAAUGUGUCCUUGAACAAAAAUCGUUAACAUUAAAAUCGUCUAUCAGUUCGAUGACCGGUGGCGUUGGCAGCAGUGGCGUCGGCGGCAGCGGAUCGGCUACUGGUCCGACAAAAAAGUGCGGCGUCAGCGGUGAAUGCUAUUCACAAUCGUCGGCACUGCAGAUGCCGGUGAUGAAGGUGUCCAAAGACAACCGGUCGAGACAGUUGAUCAAAGAGGCACUGCUGGACAACCAGUUUUUGAGACACUUUCUCGACACACAUCAACUGAAACUGAUUGUCGACGCCAUGUAUGAGAAAGAGUUUGCCAAAAACUGUCUGAUUUGUAAACAGGGUACCAAUGGUUCGCACCUGUAUGUCAUAGCCUAUGGCCACUGCGAAAUUAUCGAUAGUAACAAUACACUGGUCAAUCAAUUGGGACCAGGCAAGGCAUUUGGCGAAUUAGCACUGUUAUAUAACUGCACCCGUACUGCUAGUGUUAAAGCAUUGACUAAAGUGAGAACCUGGGUAUUGGAUAGGCGUGCCUUUCAGGUGAUUAUGAUGAAAACAGGCAAAGAUAAAAAUCAACAAUAUAAAAAGUUCCUACAAAGUGUUCCUCUACUUCACAAUCUGAAUGAGGAGUUAAUCGGAAAGAUUGCCGACACUAUCGAAGCGGAGUACUAUCCGGCCGGCGACUACAUCUGCCGACAGGGCUGUUCCGGCGACUCGUUUUACAUAAUAAGCGCCGGCUCUGUAAAAGUCACUCAACAUAACUUUAUGGGCGAAGAAACACUUCGGACACUGAAAAUGGGCGACUAUUUUGGCGAACAGGCCCUACUAAUGACCAGUAGCUCAGCCCUACGUACGGCUAAUGUUGUUUCACUAGACUGCGAGUGUCUAGUUUUGGACAGAUCUAACUUUCACUCACUAAUUGGUGAUCUUAACGAACUUAAAACAAAGUAUUACGAGGACAGGGAUGUGUUUCACGGAUUGGACAGUUCGGAAAGUGACGACAGUGUCGAUUCAUCGGUAAUUGAUAUGAAACUAUCGGAUCUGGAAAGGGUUACCACACUAGGCAUUGGAGGUUUUGGUAAAGUAGAUCUCGUUCGUCACCAUCAGAAUCGGCAACAAGUGUUUGCACUCAAGUCCUGUUCAAAAGCAUUUGUCCGAAGCACACGACAGGAACAGCAUAUCAACAAUGAAAGGGUUGUCCAGCGAUUGGCUUCACGCCAUCAGUUUGUCUGCAAACUGUAUCGUACGUUCAAAGACGAUCAAUCAGUUUAUUUUUUAUUAGAGGCAGCACUAGGAGGCGAACUAUGGACACUAUUGAGGCACAGGGGUGCAUUUGAAGAACCGGCCGCACGAUUCUAUAUCGGUUGUGUUGUCGAAGCGCUCCGGUAUCUGCAUUCACAUCAAAUUAUUUAUCGCGAUCUGAAACCGGAAAACUGUUUGCUCGACAAAACUGGUUAUCUGAAGAUUACUGACUUUGGGUUCAGUAAAAUCCUCACUACUGGCGAUAAAACGUGGACAUUUUGCGGUACACCCGAAUACGUAGCACCGGAGAUCAUACUGAACAAAGGUCACGACCAGGCGGUCGACUUUUGGUCAAUUGGUAUACUGUUGUACGAGUUGUUGACGGGAAUGCCUCCCUUUACCUCUGCUGAUCCAUUGAAGACAUACAAUAUUAUACUUCGAGGAUUUGAUGCCAUCGGCUUCGAAGAGGCCAUCUUUUCGAAGAACUGUGUAAACCUUAUCAGACGUCUGUGCCGUGAAAACCCGUCCGAACGGAUCGGUGUCCAGAAAAAUGGCUAUUCAGAGCUCAAAUCGCACAAAUGGUUUGCCGGUUUCGAUUGGGAUCAACUCGUCCGCAGACAGAUUAAGCCGCCAAUUGUUCCCCGACUGAACAGUGCUACCGAUAGUCACUAUUUUGAUGUAACACCCGAUCAGACACUCAAAGAAGCAGAAUUUGAUAUGAAAGACAUGGCUGUAGAUACAGAUCAAGAGUACGAUAAAAGUUGGGAUAAAUAUUUUUGA